AUGUCUUUUAUCUUCAGCUACGCAUACACUACCCCUUUCCCAAAGGGCUCAAAGAUCACAUGGGCUGAGGCCUUCGAAGCCUUGCGCUACAAGGCUGCCGCUCCAAUGUCUUUCGUGCCUGCAAUUGCAGCGGCCGAAGUGCUAGAGCAGAACGCCGAAUACAUCAAGCGUAAGACGACGAUGAAAACAGGAGUUCAAAUGCUGGAGGAUAUCCAUUUGUAUGCCCCAUCUUUGGUAACAUUCAAAGCCGAUAACGGCCAACUAGUUACCAACCUGAUUUCGGAAAACGCACAAGGAGAGCUUCUCAUGACCUUUACUUUCCAUAUACCUUUUCCAGAUACUAAGUCUGGAAGUGAAGCUGCAGAAGCGAAGCUCAAGGAGAUGAAGGAGCUUGCUAAAGGGGCGGUGUUGCAAAGCAUGAAGACCACUCUGGCCAUGUCUCAGGAAGGAAAAUUUAACUAG